AAAAAGAAUAUGCGAUCUAUCCGUCUCUAAAAUUUUCCCCCAAAAAUCCAUCCUUUGUUUUUCUGUUAAUCACUCAACUCCAAAGUCGCGAUUACUGUCCAAUCUCAAAGCUCAAUUCGCUUCUUCUGAGGUUACUGUUUCAGUGUUCAAUCGUCUGUGUGUGUACUGUGUAGUAACGGAAUCAGUUCAACGAACUUGAAAAAGUUACUUACUUCCACAAUUCCCAAUCUGGGUUUCGUAAUUCCGAUCUCAAUUUUGGUUUUAUCGCAACAAAGAGUUGACCUUUUUGACUUGUACGGAUCCAGAUUCGUUAUUUUUAGUUGUGUUCUGUUUUUUUUUUUGUGAAGGGACCCAAAUGCCAACGGGUCAGCAUCAUGUCGUUAGGACAGAUACUUUGGAGUUAAAGUCUCAGCUCGAGAAGAAGAUUGGUCGGGCCAAAACCGAGCGCUACCUUCACCUCUUGUCUAGAUUCUUGAGCUUGAAAAUCAGCAAACUCGAUUUCGAUAAGCUAAUCGUCGCCACGGUGAAGAAGGAGAACAUUAGCCUACACAACGCAUUGCUGAGAGGGAUUAUCAAGAAUGUAUCAUCAUCGAAUGGUGUUGAAGAAGUAGAGAAGAAGCAACUGAAUGGUGUCAAAUCUUUAUGCAACGACCUUCCUAAAUCGCCUCGUAAAGGAAGGACUCAGAGGAGGUUUAACAAGGAUUGUGAUGGAAGCAAAGGGAAGAGUCAAGUCACCGAGGUUGUUUCUUCUAGUUUUAAACAACAAUGGUCAAUGGAAGACGGUGAAGAAGUUGACCAGUUGACUCGAUGUUGGAGAAGUCAACCCAUUGAAGCUCCCUUUGGUGUUAAUCUUAGAGGUGUGAUCGAGAGAAGACCUCACGUAGGGACUUGUCACUCCUCUGGUGAGCUUCCUGACUCUGUUUCUUUACAGAAGAAACUGGAAGAAGAAGGACUAGAGGUUUCAGCUGGUUUUGCUAGCUCGUUGAACGCUGGACUCAAUGUCUUCUUGAAAAGACUAAUCAAACCGUGCUUAGAGUUAGCUGCUUCGAGGUCUAGUAGCCGAGGGGAAGUGUGCUCUUCUUCAAUAUCUAUGGUGGAUUUUCAAGUAGCUAUGGAGUUAAACCCGUCGAUACUUGGAGAAGACUGGUCUACAAAGCUUGAAAAGAUCCGGUUAGCUACACCAGAUUUUCAGACAAGCUAACUAUAUAACUAGAUAGAUACUAUGAUUCUUCCAGGACAGAGUUUGAGUUGGACAACAUCUUUUAGGUUUUUUGUGUGUAUAUAUAUGUCUUGGUGUUUAAUUGCU